CGACAACAUCCGACAAGAUGGCCAAGUCCAAGAACGCGUCCCAGCACCACAACAGCCAGAAGGCUCACCGUAACGGUAUCAAGAAGCCCAAGACCAACCGUUACCCCUCCCUCAAGGGUGUUGACCCCAAGUUCCGCCGCAACCACCGUCACGCUCUCCACGGCACCAUGAAGGCCCUUAAGGAGCGCAAGGAGGGCAAGCGCGAGAUCGCAUAG